GCUCCUUCCUUGUUUCCCCUGCCCUCCUCACCAGGCAUCCGGUCUUGGGACAUUGACCCUGGUGUCUGCAGCCUCGAUGAGCAGCUCAAAGUCUUCGUGUCCCGGCACUCAGCCACCUUCUCCAACAUCGUGAAAGGCCAGCGGAGCCUGCACCACCGUGGAGACACCCUGGAGACGCUGGUCCUCCUGAAUCCAUCAGACAAAUCCCUGUGUGACGAGCUCCGAAACCUCCUGCUGGAUCCUGCCUCUCACAAGCUGCUGGUGCUGGCUGGGCCCUGCCUGGAGGAGACAGGGGAGCUGCUGCUCCAGACAGGGGGCUUCUCACCCCGCCACUUCCUCCAGGUCCUAGGGGACAAAGAGAUCCGGGAUCUCCUGGCCUCCACACCCCCACCUGCCAGCCCAGCCAAGCUCACCAUCACCUGCCCAACCUUUGGUGACUGGGCCCAGCUGACAUCCGAAGUGCCCGGCCUCCAGGGCGUGCUCCAGCUGCGGCUGAACCCUCCAGUGCAGCUGCCAGCUGCUGAGGGCCUGCGUGAGUUCCUGGAGUAUGUGGCCGAGUCACUGGAGCCACCAUCCCCCUUUGAGCUGCUUGAGCCUCCGGCCUCUGUGGGCUUCCUCAGGCUUGCCCGGCCCUGCUGCUACAUUUUUCCUGGUGGCCUCGGCGAUGCUGCCUUUUUUGCCGUCAACGGCUUCACCGUGCUGGUCAAUGGUGGCUCUAACCCUAAGUCAAGCUUCUGGAAACUGGUGCGGCACCUGGACCGGGUGGAUGCUGUGCUGGUGACCCACGCGGGUGCGGACAGCCUCCCUGGCCUAAACAGCCUGCUGCGGCGCAAGCUGGCAGAGCGUGAGGAGGCAGCCGCUGGCGGGGGCUCCGGGGAUGACAGGCUGCGCAGGCUGAUCUCCCCUAACUUGGGUGUCGUGUUCCUCAAUGCCCGGGCAGCUGCCUCACGGCUGGUGCGCGGCGAGGAUGAGGCGGAGCUGGCCCUGAGCCUCCUGGCCCGGCUGGGCAUCACGCCCCUGCCCCUGAACCGGGGGCCACUGCCAGCCGAGCCCACCGUGCUCUUCCAGAAGAUGGGCGUGGGCCGGUUGGACAUGUACGUGCUGCACCCGCCUUCGGCCACUGCCGACCACACGCUGGCCUCCGUGUGCGCCCUGCUGGUGUGGCACCCCGCGGGCCCCGCUGAGAAGGUGGUGCGUGUGCUGUUCCCUGGCUGCACGCCGCCUGCCCGCCUCCUGGAUGGCCUGGUCCGCCUACAGCACCUGGGAUUCUUGCGGGAGCCUGUGGUGACCCCCCAGGACCUGAUGGGGCCUCGGCGAGCCGAGAGCAAGGAGAGCGUGGGCUCCCGGGACAGCUUGAGGAAAGAGGGUCGAUUGGCAGCGCCCUCCAGGUCUGCCCAAGAGCGUCCUGGGGUGACCCGGAAGGAGCCGCCACGAGCUGAGGCCCCUCGUAGGGCUGAGAAAGAAGCCAAGAACCUCCGGGAGGUAAAAAAAGACCCCAAGCCGAACACCACUCGGACCCAGCCCCGGGAAGUGCGCCGGAUGGCCCCUGCUGUGGUCAGCAGCAAGAAGGCAGGUGCCCUGGUGGCACCCAAGCCCCGCAAAGAACCGAACACACCCCGCCUGGGUGUCCCACCAACAGAGAAUGGGCCCCACAGCCCCCCCAGCUUCCGUUGUGGAGAGGCCAGCCCCUCCACAGAGGCCUGUGGCUCUCCAGCCUCCCAGCUGCUGGCCACACCCAGCCAGGAGAGCAGCCUGGAGCUGGGGCUGAGCCCAGCUGGGGAAGAGGGUGGCAGCUUGGAGGAGAAGACCCUGGAGCUACUCUUGGCCGCCAGCACCCCCCAGCCAUGCACGCCCUCACCCGCCGGAGCCCACCAGGGCCCAGCUGAGAGCAGUGGGCCACUGUCACUGAGCCCGCUGCGGGGUGGAGAGACCGGGCCGGAUGCGUCCCCUACAGUGACCACGCCCUCGCUGCCUGCCGAGGUGGGCUCCCCGCACUCCACAGAGGUGGAUGAGUCUCUGUCUGUCUCCUUUGAGCAAGUGCUCCCGCCACCGCCUGCCACUGCGAGUGAAGCCGGGCUGAGCCUCCCACUCUGUGGCCCCCGGGUGCGGCGCUCAGCCUCCCCGCACGACGUGGACCUGUGUCUGGUGUCACCCUGUGAGUUUGAGCACCGCAAGGCCGUCCCCAUGGCUCCAGCACCCUCGUCCCCUGGCAGCUCCAAUGACAGCAGUGCCCGGUCCCAGGAGCGGGCGAGUGCUCCAGGGGCCGAGGAGACACCACCCACAUCUGUUAGUGAGUCCCUGCCCACCCUGUCUGACUCAGACCCCCUGCCAGCUGCCCCCGGCACUGCGGACUCAGAUGAGGAUACAGAGGGCUUUGGGGUCCCUCGCCGUGACCCACUGCCUGACCCCCUCAAGAUCCCCCCACCGCUGCCCACCCCACCUAGUAUCUGCAUGGUGGACCCUGAGAUGCUGCCUCCUGAGCAGGCCCGGCUGAGAGAGGGCCUCGGCCGUACCCGGAAGCCCCUCAGCCGCCCCAACCCCGGCACUGCUGCCCCCAAAGCCGCUUCAGUGACCACUGCCAAAACCAAGGGGCUGACCAGUGGGGACCGGGCCAGUCGGCCACUCAGCACCCGGAGCGAGCCCAGUGACAGAGGAAGUCGGACACCCCUGUCCAGAAAGGCCUCAGUCCCGAAGAUGACCACUCGGGGUCCAUCAGGGUCAGCUGGCAGUCGGCCAGGAGGGUCAGCAGCCCCACCCGGCUCCCCUGUGUACCUCGACCUGGCCUACCUGCCCAGCGGGGGCAGUGCCCGCCUGGUGGACGAGGAGUUCUUCUGGCGGGUGCGUGCGCUCUGCUACGUCAUCAGUGGCCAGGACCAGCACAAGGAGGAGGGCAUGCGGGCCGUCCUAGAUGCGCUCCUGGCUGGCAAGCAGCAGUGGGACCGGGACCUCCAGGUGACCCUGAUCCCCACCUUCGACUCAGUGGUGAUGCAUGAGUGGUACGAGGAGACACAUGCCCGGCACCAGGCGCUGGGCAUCACGGUGCUGGGCAGCAACAGCACCGUGUCCAUGCAGGACGAGGCCUUCCCUGCCUGCAAGGUGGAGUUCUAGCCCCGCCUCCAACCCCGCCCCUCUGCCCAGAGUCUGCCACUGUCCUGAGAUUCACCUGCGAUGGAAAUAAACCAGGUACUCCGCUCA